AUAUUAACAGUAAAUCAAAAAUGGCCCAAGAUUCAAGUAGUUUCGGAUGAUUCAAGCGAUGAUGAUGAUGAUGAUAAAAAAAAUAAUUCUACGAUUAAAAAACCAAUAUCGAUACAGCCACCACAGAAUAUUAAUAUAUCAUCAAAAAGACCACGACCACAAGAAUCGAGUUCAGAUGAUUCCAGUUCCGAUGAUGAUGAUGAUAAUGGAAAGCCACCAUUGAAAAAGGGACCAGCUGCAGUGAAACCAUUGCUUGUCGUAAAACCAACACUGCAAAAAACUGCAAAAGCAAUGGAUAGUUCGUCAUCAGAUGAUUCAUCAUCAUCCGAUGAUAUUUUGUCAUCAGAUUAUUCAUCAUCAUCCGAUGAUAGUUCGUCAUCAGAUGAUUCAUCAUCAUCCGAUGAUAGUUCGGCAUUAGAUGAUUCAAUUCUUCGGCUUCAACAGAUGGUAGUUCGGAUGAAAAAUCAGCUGCUAUUAUUUCUGCUAAAAAACCGGGUACACCAGCUCCAGUAGUUAAGAUUCACGUUUCAAUUGGACAAAAACAAACAUUGGCUAAAAACCGCAAGAUUCCUCGUCAUCGUCGUCGGAUGAUAGUGAUUCAGAUGAAUAAGCAAAAAAAUCGUGACAUUUAAACCCAUUACCCUGUAUCCUGUACUCUCAUCAUUAUCGUUUCACCUUCAAAACAUGAAAAAAAUUCAACCGACCACAUAAACCAAUAAACUCAGGCAACAGGCAAAGUCGUUGAAUUUUUUUUUUUUUUCAUUCAUUUAUCCAUUGCAUCAAAGAAAGUAAAUGAUGGUUGGUUGGUUGGUUGAAUGAAAAAAAAACGGAAAUUUUUUUCCAUCCACAUAGGUCACAUGUCCCGCAUUCCAAUCUAGAUUUUUUUUAUUGUUGUUGCAAAUAACAAUAGACAAUGUUGGAUCGA